AUGACCACCCGGGGGAUAAGGCGGAAAAAGUCAUAUCUGGCCGAGAUUAAGGUAGCCGUGAUUGGUGCACCGUGCGUUGGGAAAAGUGCGUUGACGGUUCGCUUCCUAACAAAACGUUACAUUGGCGAGUAUGACCAUCAGGCAGAGAAUAGACACAAAUAUGAAAUCAUGGUGGACGGAGAGGCGGUACUGUGCGAAAUCUGGGAUACAUGUCCGAAGAUCGAAAACACCAGCGAAGCAACGCUGACGGCCGGUUCGGAAGCGGUCCAGUGGGCCGACGGUUUGCUGCUGGUGUACUCCAUCACCGAUCGGGAAUCGUUCAACUACAUUCGGAAAGCGAAAGAGGACCUACCGAGCGACACGACCCCGGUGGCCCUGGUUGGCAACAAAGUGGACAUGGUCCAUCUGCGACAGGUCAGCACCGAUGAGGGUGAAAUCCUAGCGAAAGAUUUCGAGUGCAAGUUCUGCGAGAUCUCCGCCGCCGAGCACGUCUACCAGGUGGCGGAUGCAUUCCACGAUCUGUGCCGUGAGGUGAUAGCAGCCAAAAGAAAGUCCAAGCAAAGUUUCAUCGAGAAGAUCGAUCGAAUGCUGAGCGGGUCACGGACCUACAGCAGGGGGAAAAGUGAUAGCAUCCUGCCGAAGGACUAG